AUGGCCAAAGCUGCGCUAAUUUUGACUGCCUUUCUGGCGAUAUUUCUCAUUAAAGUGGAGGCUGGCAUGGACUUCGACUGGGACUAUUUCAGAGACUUUUUAGGUAAGAGGCCAUUCAGUUAAAUUAACACGAAAUCGUGAAUGAAUGUGUAACAUAAUAUAUGAAAAAGAUCUUACGAAAUAUAGCCCGAGCCGAAAAAGAAUUGAUGGGAGUUAAGGUAGUCACGCAUUGUUACAGGGGACAUUUCAAGCUCUAAAUGAACAAAAUAAAGGUUUGAUGAAUGUUCCAACUAUGUUUUAACUUCAAUAGAAUACAUGAUAGUGUUGGGAAAGCAUUAAGAACAGCUAACCAAAGUCACGUGACUGACAACUCUCCUGCACUCCCAUCCCGAUUUGAUUCUCGCUUAAGACGCCAACGUAAAACCUCGGUCAAGCAUGCCUGUAGAAAAGCCUCCUAGGUGGGCUGGGCCAAAACGAAAUUUUAAAGUUUCCUGACCAAACUGAAAAAUUAUCUCGCAAGUUGCAAGCAAAAAUUUGUAUAAGAAAUUAAGAAUGAUUAUUACAAUGAGUAUAAAUGAUACAAACUGAAAAAAGUCAACACAUUACUGCUGAAUAGUCAAAUAUAGUGAUUACUGUUAAAGAUCCGAACUGUAACAUAACAGUUCACAGUUGUCAGUUAAAACUUAAUUGAUUGAGGUGUUGAAAUUGAAUUAUCAAAUAUCAAUUUAAUUUUUCUGCACAAAUAUUCUCCCCAGAGUGUAUUAUAUGAUAUUUUCACUAAAAUAGUAAAAUGUUACUCAGUUGAUCCAGUUCUAAGAAACUUUAAAUUUUCCUGGGGCCAGCCAGAUUCCCGAAAUGGCCUAGAGAUUCCAGGAUUUUCCAGCUACAGCACUGAAGAUAGAAACUGAAAUUUAUAUUUGCCAGGACGAAAAUUUUCCUUUUCUACAGGCAUACGGUCAAGCAAGGAUGAGAGUUGCAACUCUCGCUCGCGUUGACCACCAUGGUCGACCCUUAUGAACUCUCAUCAACUUAGUUGAGCUGGCUCAAAUUUUGAUGAUUGUUGUGGCUUGUUGUGGCUACGCGCGCGGUGCUAUCCAGUCAACUAUCAUCAACUCUCAUGCAACUCUUGUUCUCGUUUGACCAUGGGCAUAAGAUUUGAGAAAACUCUGUAAGCAAACUCUCGUUUCUCAACUCUUAUCAACUCUCAUGGUUGUUUCACUAGGGGUUUAUAGAAAAGUAAUUUAAUCUACACAGGCUAAUGGGUAUGACAGAUGUAUUCUGGUAUGUCAAUAUUUUAGAAACAUGAUUAUAGGAAACACAUAUUGCCCCUGGACGUAGCACAAGUGGUUGUAAAUGGCUUGUGAAACGUCUCGCAUUAUUCUUCAACAAUUUAAAAUAAAUGAAUGAUUUUUUGUGAGAUCAUGACUUAUUUUGUAUUUUCUUCGUGAAGCAUUGAUGAGUCGCGCAAUGUCUCAUACAAAGUAUGGGUAAUAAUGUACAUAUAUGACAAGGCGAACAACCCCCUCCCCCUCUCCUGCCAUCUAUAUACAUAGCUUUGAUUGGUCAUGAUGAUUACGUUGGUGUUCCGCAAUAAUAUUAAAAGCAUGAAGAAUAUUUGUUGAGAAAAAUGAACUUAAAGUUGAUUUUAUAUCAGCAGGAUUUUGUAUCAAUUAUGUACAAGCUGCUUCAAGGUUUAAUAUGAUGUCGUGACAAUUCUUGUCUAACCAUUAACUAAUGUGGGUUGGGUUCUCCUCACCAAAAAUGAACCCUUAUGCCGUAGUUAUUGAACACUUGUAUCUGUUGAAUGCAUAUUCAAAUAAACAAAUUAUUGUGCAUUUUUUCUAAGCUCAAAUUAUAGAACCCGAUGCAUGUGGUGCAGACGUCAUCGCCUAUUACAAGUUUGACCGAUCUGUUCGAGACGUUUGCUUUGGCCACAACGCUCAGCAUGGUAGUGAGAGUGCCCCUGAACUUGUCCCAUCAAUAGGCAUAUCGAAUGCAGCAGUCAAAUUUCGAGGUGACUGGUCAUCAAAACUCCGUGUACCUAGUUUACAUGGUUACGCAUGGGGAUCGACGUUCUCUAUUAGCUUUUGGUUCAAAACAUCAACAACAAACAUUCGGAAAAUCCGAGGCAUCAUCAGCAAUGGUCUG